AUGGAGGAAAAGGUUGCCAGCGCACACGAUCCGUAUCCUUCGGAUAAGGAGCAGACCCCAUCGUUGGACGAAGAGGAACAAGAGCUUCACAAUCUGACAAGAAUCGCCUCUAGCCGAACCGGUCGCAGGAUUUCCCACGCUGCUACGAUCAAUGAGAAGGAUGACCCCCGUUUGGACCCCACUAAUCCGGCGUUCGAUCAACGUCUCUGGGCAAAGCUCGUCUUAAGAGCCCUGGACCAGUCCGGCAUUGUACAGCAGACGCAGGGUGUCGUGUUUUCUAACCUUUGCGUGUCUGGAUCAGGCUCGUCAUUGCAAAUCCAGAAUACUAUUUCCACACAGUUGGCAGCUCCCUUCCGCGCUGCCGCGCGUGCACUUUCGGGGCGAGCCUCCCCUCCGCCAAGGCAGAUUCUCCAUGGCUUCGAUGGCUUCCUCAAGAGUGGAGAGCUUCUGCUUGUCCUCGGUCGCCCUGGAAGUGGAUGUACAACAUUCCUGAAGACCCUUUGUGGCCACCUGGGUGGUCUGACGCUCGAACCUCAGAGCACCAUCCAUUACCAAGGCAUCGAAUAUGAGGAUAUGAUCAAGCACCACCGUGGAGAGGUAGCCUACAACAAGGAAGUCGAUCAACACUUUCCACACCUUACCGUUGGCGAAACGCUUUCUUUCGCAGCGCAUGCACGGACCCCUCAGAAACGAAUUGAAGGCUUGACACGCUCCGAAUAUGUUGAAACUCUCACUCAGGUUGUCCUGGCUGUGUUUGGCCUCUCAAACACCUAUUACACCAAGGUAGGAGACAACUUUGUGCGAGGUGUUAGCGGUGGUGAGCGGAAGAGGGUCAGUAUCGCCGAAAUGUUCGUCUCAAGGUGUCGUAUCGGAGCUUGGGAUAACAGCACACGAGGUCUCGAUGCGUCAUCCGCUCUGAAAUUUGUCAGGGCAUUACGUAUUGCUGCCGACAUGGGUCGAUCAUGUCAUGCUAUCGCUGCAUAUCAAGCUUCUCAGUCGAUGUAUGAUCUCGUUGACAAAGUCGUCGUCCUCUACGAAGGUCGCGAGAUCUACUUCGGUCACCGCGAUCGUGCAGUACCUUACUUCGAGGAAAUGGGCUGGGAAUUGCCAGAUCGACAGGUCAGCGGCGACUUCCUGACUUCAAUUACCAACCCAGGCGAACGAAAGGCCCGUCCUGACAUGGUGGACAAGGUACCACGCACGGCGAAGGAAUUCGAGGAAUAUUGGAAGCGUAGCCCCGAGUAUAAGGAGCUCUGCGGUCAGAUAGAGGAGUAUCAACGUGCUCACCCACCAGAUUCAGACGAGGCCAAAGCAUUCAAGGCCCAUCAUGAAGAGCAGCAGGCCCGCCAUACUCGGCCGCGCAGCCCAUAUCUUCUCUCUGUCCCGAUGCAAGUCCGUCUCUGCCUGCGCCGGGCUUUUCAGCGACUACGAAACGACCUGCCAACCGUGAUCGUUACGGUAGCGACACAACCCAUUCUGGGAUUGGUGAUCGGCUCGAUUUUCUUCAAUUCUCCGCCCACAACCGCCACAUUCUUCCAGAAAGGGGCUGUGCUAUACUUUGCUGUACUUUUCAAUGCCUUGAUCGCACUCAAUGAGAUCAUUCAGCUAUAUAGCCAGCGGCCAAUCGCUGUGAAGCAAGCGGGUUAUGCGUUCGUCCAUCCCUUCGCUGAGGCCUUGGCCAGUUGGAUCAUGGAUCUGCCUAUCAAAUUCACACGGGGUACUCUAUUUUGUGUGAUCCUUUACCUGAUGUCCAACCUUCGACGAGAACCAUCGCAGUUCUUCAUUUGCUACAUGUUUCUGUUGACUUCCGUCUUGACGAUGUCCGGGAUUUUCCGUAGCUUAGCUGCAGCAACAAGGACAAGCGCGCAGGCAAUGUCAAUGGCUGGUGUUUGUAUCUUAUGCAUUGUGGUAUAUACUGGCUUUGUGUUACCGCAAGCAUAUAUGCACCCGUGGCUUUCGUGGAUCCGCUGGGUCAACCCCAUCUACUAUGUGUACGAGGCCCUGUUAGCGAAUGAGUUCCAUGGCAGGAACUUUGAAUGCGCAUCGGUGAUCCCAAGCUAUGCUACUGGCUCAUCCUUUAUCUGUUCGACCGUGGGUGCCGUUGCAGGAGAGCGGUUCGUCUCCGGGGACGCUUAUGUGGAGCAGAAUUACCAGUACUACUACAGCCAUGUCUGGCGGAAUUACGGAAUUCUCGUCGCCUACCUGGUAUUCUUCACCGGUCUCUAUUUGUUUCUUUCGGAAUACAACUCGGGUGAGACAUCCAAAGCAGAAACCUUGGUUUUUCGAUCUGGUCAUGUUCCGCAAUAUCUGCUAUCCUCCGAUGGGAUCGAAGAUGGAGAAGCGCCCCCAGACAAGCCCGAAGUGGGGGACCAAGUGGAUGCUAUUAGUCUUCCUCAGCAAACUGACGUCCUUUCUUGGAAGGGCCUCAACUACGAUAUUCCCGUCAAAGAUGGUACCCGGCGACUUCUCGAUAAUGUGAAUGGAUGGGUUAAGCCAGGCACUUUAACCGCGCUGAUGGGGGUUUCUGGGGCUGGUAAAACAACGCUUUUGGAUGUCCUCGCCCAGAGGGUAUCUAUUGGUGUUGUUACCGGCGACGUUCUGGUUAACGGAAGAGCUUUGCAGGCUAAUUUUCCACGAGAAACUGGGUAUGUGCAACAGCAAGACCUUCAUAUGGAGACGACUACGGUGCGCGAGGCCCUCCGCUUCAGUGCUAUGCUCCGUCAGCCCGCUUCAGUAUCGGAAAAAGAGAAGUACGAAUAUGUCGAAGAGGUCAUUAAAGUUCUACGCAUGCAAGACUUUGCGGAGGCAGUUACUAAAGGGGGCAAAACUGUCUAUUUUGGUGAUAUUGGGGACCAAUCCCGCAUACUUUUGGACUAUUUUGAGCGCAGCGGUAUUAGGCGCUGUGGGGACAUGGAAAAUCCUGCGGAGUACAUUCUUGAGGUUGUGGCAGGGGAGGGAUCGGAAGGCAUUGACUGGGUUCAGAGAUGGAACGAUAGCCCUGAGCGCAAGGAGGUCCUCGCAGAACUCGAACGUCUUCAGGAUCCACAACAACAGCCCGAGCCACGAGCCCAGGAUGGUGAUAGCAACAACUCGGAAUUCGCUAUGCCUUUCACCAGCCAACUCUACCACGUCAUGAAGCGUGCGUUCCAGCAGUACUACCGCCAACCGGAAUAUGUGUUUGCAAAGUACUCAUUGGGUAUAGCGUGUGGAUUGUUUAUUGGCUUCUCCUUCUUCAAAGCGAACAACACCCAACAAGGUUUCCAAUGUGCUCUCUUCAGUGUCUUCCUCCUUGCCACGGUUUUCACCACGCUCGUCAAUCAGAUCACGCCCCGAUUCGUUGCACAGCGGGCGCUAUAUGAAGUCCGGGAGCGGCCAUCCAGGGUUUAUUCGUGGAAAGUAUUCAUUCUUUCAAAUGUUCUCGUUGAAAUCCCCUACCACAUUGUUCUGGGAGUUUUUGUUUGGUUAUCGUUUUACUGGGCUGUGAUGGGCACGGGUCAAGAUGCCGAGCGGCAUGUCCUUGGCCUUCUCUACAUCGUCCAAUUCUAUCUGUAUGUGGCCAGUAUGGCUCACUUCGUGAUAGCCGCAGUCCCCCAAGCGCCGGUGGCAGGUAUAUUGGCCGUUCUCAUGUUCGCGUUUGCGUUCAUCUUCAACGGUAUGCUGCAACCACCUGGAGACCUACCCGGGUUCUGGAUAUUCAUGUACCGUGUCUCUCCUUUUACGUACUACACGGCUGGUGUCGGCAGCUCAAUCCUCCAUGGCCGCCCAGUGGAGUGCAGCGCUACGGAGCUCAGUGUUUUUGACCCUCCAUCCAACUAUACCUGUGGACAGUACAUGCAGAAGUAUGUUGAGGCCGCUGGAGGCCAGGUGUACAAUCCGAACGCCACCUCUGCCUGCGAAUACUGCUCCAUGACAGUGGCCGAUGAGUACCUUGCUCUUCGAUGGGUCUAUUGGAAAGAUCGUUGGCGCGACUACGGUAUUUUCUGGUGCUAUUUCGUAUUCAACAUUGCCGGCGCUGUCAUGUUGUACUAUUUCUUCAGAGUGAAGAAGUGGGGGAAAGGGAAAUAA